AUGGCCGUGCAUGACGUCGGUGAGUCAAGGGGUCGUGGGAGGUGGGAGGUGGGGCAGGUGGAGACGGAAUCGGGGCUAACACGGUCGGUUGCUUUACCAGAUCGUCCGGUGGCUUCAACUUCUGUACUGGCUGCUACCCCUACAACGUACCAGAGCUCGUCAUGGAUCUCGAACUGCCUCGACUUCCGAACGAACCACCUGCCGUCUUACACUCCCGACCUCUCCCAACCCGGCACCUCGCUCGACGAGCACUACUUGACGCUCGCCUUGAUCUACUCGAGGUUGUCCAUGUCCAGAAGAGGAUCCAUGGCCUGCAUCUUCGUCAAGCCACCUCCGACCGACCACUCAAUCCGACCAUGGGAUCCCGACUCUACGCUCGGCGCAAAGUCUUUCGACUUUCUUGGCUCCGUCCUCGUGCACUCCAACAAUACCCCUUUGCCCUCACCCAUGGAGUAUACUCCCGGGAAUACAAAGAAUGAACCUCACCUGGCUAGCUCGUCCAAGCACUACCACGUUCUGCAAAGCAAACAGACCGAACUUCAUGCCGAAGCUCGGUGCAUCUCCGUCGCCGCCUCCCGAGGCAUCAACCUUCAAGGUUCGACCGCGUACAUCACCUUCCCACCUUGCUACGCCUGUUUCCCAUUACUCCUGACCUGCGGCGUCAAACGUCUGGUUUACCGACGAUCGUUGUUGCUCAAGGAAGGACGAGGUCUCGCGAACGAGUUCGGCAUCGACUUGGUCGAGGUCAUGACCGGCGAUGAGAAGAUGAGGGAACGCGCCGCCGAGUAUUGGCUCAGUGUUGGUGAGACGAAAGAAAUGACUAGAGAACGGUCGGAAAAGUGGUGGGCUGAGAAAGGGUGGCCCAAAUUUGUGCAAAAAGCUGCUUUGGAGGCGAAGCAGGGUUCGGAAGGCGCGGUUCGGGAGGAGUUCGGUGAGGGGCUGAUGGAAGAUGGUCCGAGCGAAUUGGUGGGAUCUCCGAAGAGGAGAAGAUUAGAGUUCACAUGA